CGCCCGCCCGCGCCGCCCCUCCUCAGCCGGGAGGCGCCCGCCCGCACCGCCCACCCGCCCUCUCCCCGCCCGGCAGCCUCACAGAAAGUUUUUCUCGUCGGAGGGACCGGAGCCGCCGCGGGCCUUUCGGAAGGGAAGGUGGACAGAAAAGGAGGCGAUCGACGCGCGGGCCCGGCGAGUGCAUGGUGCCCGGUGCCUCUGCUGCCAGUCAGGAGGACAUUGGGGCGGGGUCCGGCUGAGCCUACCUCCUUCUUCCCCCUGCCUCGCCAGAAAUCGCCCUCCCGGACUGCCGCGGGGGUCCCCGCUCCUCAGCCCGCCAUGUCCCGGCUGCUGCCGCUGCUGAGGAGCCGGACCGCGCGCAGCCUGAGGCCCGGCCCGGCCGCCGCCGCCGCCGCCGCGCCCCGCCCGCCGUCCUGGUGCUGCUGCGGGCGGGGGCUGCUGGCGCUCGCGGCCCCUGGCGGCUUCCGAGGGCUGGGCACCCACCCCAAGAAGGAGCCCAUAGAGGCGCUGAACACGGCGCAGGGCGCGCGCGACUUCAUUUACAGCCUGCACUCCACCGAGCGGAGCUGCCUGCUCAAGGAGCUGCACCGCUUCGAGUCCAUUGCCAUCGCCCAAGAAAAGUUGGAAGCUCCACCACCCACCCCAGGACAGCUGAGAUAUGUAUUCAUCCACAAUGCGAUACCUUUCAUAGGGUUUGGCUUUUUGGAUAAUGCAAUUAUGAUUGUUGCAGGAACCCAUAUUGAGAUGUCUAUUGGAAUUAUUUUGGGAAUUUCAACUAUGGCAGCUGCUGCUUUGGGAAAUCUUGUGUCAGAUUUAGCUGGACUUGGACUUGCAGGCUAUGUUGAAGCUUUGGCUUCCAGAUUAGGCCUGUCAAUUCCUGACCUUACACCAAAACAAGUGGACAUGUGGCAAACACGUGUUAGUACACAUUUUGGCAAAGCUGUUGGGGUGACUAUUGGCUGCAUUCUAGGAAUGUUUCCUUUGCUUUUCUUUGGAGGAGGUGAAGAAGAUGAAAAACUGGAAAAGAAAAAUUAACCCUCUUAGAGUAUCUAUAAAAAAAUGUAAACUAAUGUACCUCAAUUACUAAAUAUGCUGUCACAACAUUUAGGAAUUAAGACAAUAACAGUGCAUAGAUAUGGGAUCAAAUAAUUCAGCAUGUAUUAUGGAAAACACUAACUUAUUGUGGCUUGGUUUUCUUAGGACAUCUUUUUAAAAAACGUUUAGUAUCCAUUUUGUGUAAAUUGUUGAAAUGCUUUUUCAUCAGUGGCAGUCAACAUUUUACCUUUUUCUUUUCUUUAUAUAUCAAAAUAUCAUUUAAGUAUCAGUCAUUGACGUACUGUACUGAGUUGGGGUUUGCGUAUUUGUUACUUUAUGUGUGUGCAUGCAUGAAAGGAUCUGUCUUCGCUGUUGUUCUGUAGUUACAACUCAGCCUUGAGAUUUUUGCCACAUUACUUAAGGUGUUUAAUAUAAGUUAAAGGUUUUUUUUUUUUUACUCUAUUUGGCAACAUCAACUUUGUACUCUUUUACAUUGAACAUUUACAAUCAUA